GUGCGUUGUCCUUGUAUAUUUCCCUGGCAAGCACAUGGCUCCGCUCUCCUCUUUGUUUUCGUGCAUACUAUACAUUGGUGAUCGUAGGCAUAGAAGAAAGGCAGAGGAGCGGAGUGGAGAGGAAGACGCAAGUUUCAUAGUGUUUGCGAUUUGAGCUAACAGGAGAGCAAGAGGAAGAGAGCAGAGAUGGUGAAUUACUGGAAGUCUAAAGUCCUUCCGACGAUCAAGAAGGUGUUUGACAGGAACGGCAAGAAGGCUGCCGCCGCCGAGGCAUGCAAGUCCUUCGACGAAUCGAAGGAGGACAUCAGCAAGGAGUUCGAAGAGAAGAAGACUGACCUGCAGCCCAAAGUUGUGGAGAUCUACGAAGCUUCUGCCGUUGAAAUCAAGACUCUGGUGAAGAAACCGACGGGGUCAGGACUGAAGAAGAAAUCAACUGUUGUGAUCAAGUUCAUCGAGGAACUAGUGAAGAUCGAGUUCCCUGGCUCGAAGCCGAUGAGCGAGGCUGCCGCCAAGUACGGCCUCGGCCUCGUCUCCGGUCCCGUGAUCUUCCUCUUCGAGCAGGUGUCCACCUUACUCCCCGCAGAGGAGCCGCCUGCUCCCGCCGAACCGGCCGUCGAGAGCACCAGCAAGGAUAUUACACCGGAAACCGCGGAGGAGAUCAAGAAGGAAGAGGCUGAGGCGGAGGUGGAAGAGGCACCUGCCCCGGCCGACCCGGCUCCCUCGGACCCCUCCCCGGAGACGGAGAAGCCGGCCGAGCCAGCGGCUGAACCCGCCAAGGCUUGAUAUAAACCACCAGCCUCCCGAACCGAUCAUUCCACCGCCACCUCGCCACCACCGCGCACCCAGUGUUUCCAUGAUUUAUUAUUCUUUCUCUUGUCUCUUCGUCAAUUUUGUUACGGUCAGUAACUGUUCAGCCGUGGCCUUGGGGCUGUCGCGGCUUGGUCCGGGUCCGGAAGGCGGUGGUCAACGGGCGGCGUCCCUCGGGGUCUCCUGGCGGCCGAGCUCGGUGGCUCGGGUCGGCGGUUCGGUUCGGGAGGCAGCUCCGCCGUAGCUUCGGGAAGAGGCAACACCGUCUCGCACCUGCACACAGGUCGGGCCGGGAGCUCGGCCCGACCCCUUCGACGAUCAAGUUAGAGAAAGAUGUGGAGGGGGGGGUACCUCUGAUGGCGUCUGACGCGGCUGCUGGGGUCGCGUGGUGGAGCGGUUCGUAGCAGGGUAUGGGCGAGGGGCAGGUCGUUGUCCGGCUUGGUCGUGGUCAACCAUGCAGGGUCGGAGGUCGCCUCUCAACAGCGGGAGUCGUCAGGGCGGGUCUAGUCGGCGUUAUUGCUUUGGCCGGGGGCUGUCGUCACGGCGCGUCAACUGUGCCAUUAUUUUCCCUAUCAAAUUUGCUUCUCUUUCUCCUGUACGUAACUAUGUCUUGGUUUCUCUCAUUUUGCUUUCGGCAAGGGGACAUGCAGGCCAUGUAAUAUCAUUAUUAAGUGCAGUGUGGUGUUAUGUUAUAUUUGGGAUCGAUAGCUUCAUUCCAUCUCUGUCAAGUUUCCUUGA